AAUGGGGCAGUGAGACAGGAAGGACGUACCUUGCUCGUCAGCCGCCCUUUUCCCCUCCUACUGCUGGGGCAUUCCCACCUCCAGGAGGGACUUGUCACGUCCCUUUUUCAGUGUGUUUCCCCCCUCCUCAGGUUCUGCUGACUGGAAGCCGCUGUGAAACCAAAUAGGCAAGAAGAGUUGGGGCUGCUGUGCCAAUUGUCCGUGCCAGGUUGCUGAUCCAGGGGUUACAGUUACAAGUUAUGGAAUUCAUGGCCACAACGUCUAUCUCUGAUACUGACAUGGAGUUUGAUAAAAAUGUCCCUCGCAUAUGUGGAGUCUGUGGGGACAAAGCUACUGGUUUCCACUUCAAUGCCAUGACUUGUGAGGGCUGCAAAGGAUUUUUCAGGAGAAGCAUGAAAAGAAAGGCUGUGUUCACGUGCCCAUUUAAUGGUGACUGCAGGAUAACUAAAGAUAACAGGCGACACUGCCAAUCCUGCCGGCUGAAGCGUUGCGUGGAUAUUGGCAUGAUGAAGGAGUUUAUUCUGACAGAUGAAGAAGUCCAAAGGAAAAGGGAGAUGAUAACAAAGCGCAAAGAAGAGGAAGCACUGAAAGAGUCCAUGAGACCUAAAAUGUCAGAGGAGCAACAGAAAAUGAUUGAUGUACUUGUCGAUGCUCAUAGGAAAACCUUUGACACCACUUAUUCAGAUUUUGGUCAAUUCAGGCCACCUGUGAGGGAAAAUGUGUGCAAAAGGAUCACUAGAUCAUCAUCUAUUCUCACACAAGGCUCCUCAUCGGAAGAUUCUGAUGUCUUUACUUCUUCUCCAGAUUGUUCCGAGCAUGGAUUUUUUUCUGCUGGUUCACUAUUUGGUCACUUUGAACAUUCCUCUAUGGAUGGGAAAGCUGGUGAUCUGUCCAUGCUCCCUCACCUUGCAGACCUUGUUAGUUACAGCAUACAGAAGGUCAUUGGAUUUGCCAAGAUGAUACCUGGGUUCAGAGACCUUAUUGCAGAAGAUCAGAUUGCCCUGCUGAAGUCAUCUGUUAUUGAAGUCAUAAUGCUGCGAUCAAAUCAGUCUUUUUCUUUGGAUGAUAUGUCAUGGACUUGUGGCAGUGAGGACUUCAAAUACAAAGUUGAUGAUGUGACUCAAGCCGGUCAUAACAUGGAGCUGCUGGAGCCUCUUGUAAAGUUCCAGGUUGGCUUAAAAAAACUGAACCUUCAUGAAGAAGAGCAUGUUCUCUUGAUGGCCAUCUGCAUUCUCUCCCCAGAUCGCCCAGGUGUGCAGGACAAAGCCUUAGUUGAAUCCAUUCAGGAUCGUCUCUCCGCUACUCUGCAGACUUACAUUCUUUGUAAACAUCCACCGCCAGGGAGUCGUCUCCUGUAUGCAAAAAUGAUCCAGAAGCUGGCCGAUCUGCGCAGCCUCAACGAAGAACAUUCCAAACAGUACCGUUCCAUCUCUUUCCUGCCAGAACACAGCAUGCAGCUCACUCCACUUGUGCUGGAGGUGUUCGGCAAUGAAAUCUCUUGAAUUCACUUGAAUUAGAACUUUUCAUUAAACUACAAUUGUAAGUCA